AUGACCGCAACCACGCCCAAACUCAAUGGCAAGAAGCUCAACGUCCUAGUUUACUCCGGUUCGCUCACCCAAUCCGCAUGGAAGUCAAAUAGUCUAAUCCGUUCUCCUCCCUCUCCAGGCAAUGGUAGCACCGUCGAGUCCGUCCGACACUGCCUCUACACCCUCCGCCGCCUCCUCGCCCCGCACUAUGCCGUGAUCCCCGUGACCGCCGACAUGCUCAUCAAGGAGCCGUGGACGCUGACAUGCGCCUUGCUGGUGAUGCCUGGAGGAGCGGAUCUGGGGUACUGCCGAUCUCUCAACGGAACGGGCAACCGUCGAAUCGAGCAGUUUGUCAAGCGCGGCGGCGCAUACCUCGGUUUCUGCGCGGGGGGUUACUACGGCAGCCAGCGAUGCGAGUUCGAGGUCGGCGAUAAGACGAUGGAGGUGGUCGGGGAUCGGGAACUGGCCUUUUACCCUGGAAUAUGCCGCGGCGGUGCCUUUCCCGGAUUUGUGUACCACAGCGAGGUGGGGGCGCGCGCCGCCGAUCUGAAGGUCUCCAAGGAUGUACUCCAAGCCGGUGUGGUGCCGGAGGGGUUCAAGUGCUAUUACAACGGGGGUGGUGUCUUUGUCGACGCGCCCUUGUAUGGGGAUAAGGGCGUGGAGGUUUUGGCCAGCUACUCGGAGGAAUUGAAUGUUGAUCCAGGUACAGGUGCGGCUGCCGUCGUCUACUGUAAGGUGGGCGAGGGAGCGGCCAUUCUGACCGGACCGCAUCCAGAGUUCGCAGCGGCAAACCUAGACAAAAAGGCCGGGGGCGAGGAUUAUGCCAAGGUGGUGGAUGCGCUGGCAGCGGACGAUAAAGCGCGCACCGAUUUUUUGAAGGCCUGCCUGUCCAAGCUGGGCCUACAGGUCACCCAGAAUACCACCACUGUGCCAUCACUUUCUUCGUUGCACCUGUCGUCUCAAAAUCCGGCUGACACUUCCCGCAUCCGAUCAUCGUUGCAAGAGGUGAUUAGUAGCGAGGGGGAUGAAGAAUUCAUCAAAGAUGAAAACGAUACGUUUCGUCUGGAGAGAUCUGGAACUUGGAGUAUGAGUUCAUUGGAGGAGUCUCUCCCCCAGUCUGAACAGGGUGCUAGCGAUGGUAUUGUCGAUUACAACGCAAUCAUCAAACCUUUAGUGAUCCACGACGAGCUUCCAUCCUCCAAAGCAACUCCUUGCUUCAAUCACCAUGCAUUCUACGCCAAUCUCGAACAGUACCAGUCACAGAUGCGGGAAGGUGCUGGCUGUUUCGGUUCAAGCAUCAUGUAUGGCGAGGUCGUCACUAGUACAAAUACGAUUCUGGAAAAAAAUCCCAAAUUACUCCGUAAACUGCCACAUGGAUUCACAGCGACAGCAACCACCCAGGUCGCAGGCCGAGGCCGAGGCUCCAAUGUCUGGGUUUCUCCGGCAGGGGCCCUGAUCUUUUCGACGGUCGUAAGGCACCCGAUCGAAAAGAUCCAGUCUGCUCCCGUGGUUUUCAUUCAGUAUCUGGCGGCAAUGGCGGUCGUACGGGGUAUCAAGAGCUACGAUGUGGGCUUUGAGAACAUGCCAGUUAAGCUCAAAUGGCCCAAUGACAUUUAUGCCUUGGACCCCGAAAACCCGGAGAAGAAGCACUACACCAAAAUCUGCGGAAUCCUCGUCAACUCGCUCUUUUCCUCGAACGAAUACAUCGCAGUGGUGGGAAUUGGCAUCAACGCCACGAACGCCUCUCCAACCACCUCGCUGAAUGCACUCGCCUCUCGCUUCCUCCCCAAUAAAACCGCCCCAAUCACACUCGAGAAACUUCUCGCCCGGUGCCUCACCACGUUCGAGGAGCUGUACACCCGCUUCCUGCGAACAGGCUUUGACCGGGAGCUUGAGACGAUGUACUACGACGACUGGCUGCACAUGCAUCAGGUUGUCACAUUAGAGGAAGAAGGCGGAACGCGAGCUCGGAUCAAGGGUAUUACUCGGGAUUAUGGGUUGCUGCUGGCAGAGGAGUUGGGAUGGAACGAUCGGCCUACGGGACGAGUGUGGCAGUUGCAGAGUGACAGCAACAGUUUUGAUUUCUUCCGAGGAUUGGUCAAGAGGAAGGUAUAG